GCAUGUGACCUUUGAGGCAGAGGCUCUAUCUCAGUUACAGCCAAUCAGUGUCGAGCUUAUGUCGGCAGAAGAUGGCGACAAAAUGAUCGAGGAGAGAGGAGGUAGAAUGGGUGUUGGUAGUGGGUACGCGAGCGCCUUUUUAGCUGUGAACCCACACUCGUUAGAGACGAACAAAAAGUUCAAAAUCGGAAUGAAGAUUGAUUCCAGUGCAGCGUCUAAAGUGCAGUUUUAUCGUUCCUCCGACGAUAUGGAUCUAAAAACUUGGUACAAAGUGGACUCUACCAUUUCAGACGACUUUGCCACAGUAGAGACAGAUAAAGGCGGAAUCUACGUGGCACGAACCGUGCCUGACAAAGCCGCUAUAGCCGGGAUAGUGAUCAUGUGUCUUGUUAUCGUGAUUGCGAUUGGUGGAUCAGUAUUUUACUUCAGACGUCACCCAGACAAAUGGCAGAAUCUUAAGACAUCUGUGGUGAAUGGAUGCCGCUCGUGCAAAGGCAAAGUUUGAUCAAAUAUGAGAUUAGAAGAAGUUAUUUAACGGGUUUUUGUUCCGUAUGAAACUCAGGAUUAACGUUGUCAUUUGCAAUCUGUGUAAAUCUGCCAUUCUUUUCCAACCUUGUUCUAUUUGUGAUGAUCCCUAUUUAGCUUGCGAUCAGGCCCUCAUUAUCAUCGGUGCAAGACGUGCGUUUCUCCGCCCGCGGGAAGACUUGAGACGAGUCGGGGAGAGGUCUGGUACUAAUUAUUAGUGUUAGACCCUGUGCACAUCUCGUACUUUCCGCGAGCGAAGAAAUACCUGUGCCGAAGCGCUAACAAUGAGGACCUGCACUACGCCAUGUUGUUUUUCUAUCUGACCAAACUACUCUUUAAUAGUUAACCUCUCGCUGAGUGAAGUUUUCUGCGCCUCUGAGUUGAAACGGUUCAAAAUCUCGUUGCGUAGCUUCUUGGCAGACAAAGAAAGGAAUAAUGCAGUGUCUGAAUGGAAAGUUUCGAAUUCAUUGUCUUAAUUGUUACUGAUAGAGUUUAGAAAAAGUAUUUAAUUGUUAAAUGGUUUCCUGGAGAGUAUAUAUCCGAAUUGAAAUAUUGAUAUAAAGCACCUAUAGUGAUUUGGAGUCUUAAAUUAAGUUUACACAACGGCCAACCAGAACCAGAAAGAUUAUCACAAACUUGUGAACAAUGAGAUUUGUAAACUUUUAGUUAUCUUGAGACGAGGAGCUUUUGUGCACAUGCGCUUGAUAUUUUGUCGCGCCUGCGCAAACUAUGUUAGCCACGCUCUGUUCACGUGCAGCAGCAUUGGCAGGCUCAAAAACAACAGAAUUUCGUCAGUCAUGCGCA